UGUUAGUUCAGGGCUGAUCUUCCUCAAAAAAAAAUGUAGUUCAGUGCUAGCCAUCCAGAUACCGCUCUGGUUUGUUUUUGUAAAUGAAUACACAGUAUAUGUAGAUUUUUUAUGUAAAUAAAUAUGGGCCUAUGUGCCUAACGGCACCUGGGUAAUGCUCAUAAUAUCCAAGUACAAUAAACAAUCUGACAAGGAUGAAUUCUGUAUUUACAAAACUAAAAGGAAAUUCGUCAGCCAACAUUAUUGAACACCUCUGAAGUAUGCAUACAAGUCAUAAGAAACCACACACGUUUAAAUCUCCUGCCAGACAGAGCAUAGAUAAACCAACCAAUGGACAAUGUGUUGGAGAGCUGGGAUGGAGAUUUGGCCUGCUCUGUUCUCCCACGGCCUGGGGAGGAGCCAACUGUUGAACUGACUCUCUUCUACAAAGACACACAGACACACACAUACCUUUUAAAAAACUUUUUUUUUAAAUUAGAAAUACAUACAGAAAAGUAUGCAAGUCCUAAGUGUAUAGCUUGAUGAAUUUACACAAAGUCAACCCGCCCAUGUAACUACCACUCAGAUGCAGAACACUGCCAGUGCCUGAAAGCCCCCUGCAUACCCACCCCCCAUCAAGAACCACCAUUGUGACUUCUAACGCCAUAAGUUAGUUUUGCCUGUUUUUUAACCUCAAAUAAAUUAAAUUGCACAGCAUUUAAUUUUUGUGUCUGACUUCUUUCGCUCAACAGUAUGUUUUUGUGAGAUGCAUCCACGUUGGUGCCUACAGCAGUAAUUCAUUCAUUCUCACUGCUGUAUAGUAUUUUCUUAUGUGACUAUGUCACAGUUUGUUCCCUUUUAUUAUUGAUGGUCAUUUGGGUUAUUUCUAGUGUUAGGUUAUUGCAAAUUAUGCUGCUCCUGAAUAUUCUUGUACAUGUCUUUUAAUGUAUACAUGCUUGAGUUUCUGUUGGGUAUGUGUCUACAAGGAAAAUUGCUGGAUCAUAAGUUGUGCUCAUAUUCAACAAAUUACAAAUAGUUUUCCAACAUGGUUGUACCAAUUUCAUUCACACCAGCAGUGUAUUAGUCUCAUUGCUCCAUAUCCUCACCACACUUGAAAUGUUCACUCUUUGAUUUUAGCUAUUCCAGUGGGUAUGCAGUGGUAUCCUGUUGUGAUUUUUAGUUGCAUUUUCCUGGUUACUAAUGAGGUAGAGUCUCUUUCCAUAUAUUUAUUGGCCAUUUGAAAAAAUCCCUUUCGUGAAGUAUCUGUUCAAGUUUCUUGCCGUGGAACUAAUUCUGAGAAAGUGAGUAGACACAUUAGGCAUGGAAAGCAGGAGGAAGGGCAUGUCAACCAGAUGGAACAGCAUGUGCAAAUUAAUGGUCUACCCAGAGCACGGGAGUAAAUGGACAGAUAGUGGGAAAUCAGCUAGUAAAAUGUUAAACUUCAUCAGAGCCUAUGAAGUGAUGACAGCAAUAUCACACAGAUCAAAGUAAAAUAACCCAAAAACGUACAGGCGGUCCCAUACUGCACUACUUAAUGGAUUCUGAGAAAUUUUUGACAGUCAAAUAUCUGAAAGUUGAACAAGGCUUAUACACUGGAAGGACAUUUUCAUUUCCCGUGAGCUAGAAGAUAGUAUUCGUAAAUCCCUGGUAAUGCUUGUGGUGGUUUCCCUCCGGCUUAGGUAGCCAAGUGGGCAAGUGAGCAUCUCAGACGGAUAUCAGGGGAGGCUACUGUUAGCAAGCUGCACCUCAGCCAUCCCUGGCUGCUCCAGAAGUUGAGCAAAUUGAACCCCCCGACAUACUUUCUGUGGGCUCACUUAGGUUCCUCUGGCCCUUCUGCCUGGGCAGCCUCCGUUCUUUAAACUACUCCUUAAAGCACCCCUAAGUUGGGAGCAAAAAAGAAGGGGAAGGAGGUCUGAGUUUCCCCUACGAGAGCAGUGUGAGCUAAAUAGAGCCUUGGCCAGCCCCUCAGCAUGUGCCCACCUAGAGGGACUCCUGAACAGCUCCACUCCCUUGAGAAGUCACCACAAACACCUUCCUGUAAAACACCCAGGUAUUUCAUAGAAGUCUGACCUUGACCCACAACAGCAAUAGCUGUCAGGCAGGGCCGCCACACAAUAACAAUAGCUUCAAACUGCCAAUCCUUAGAGGAUGAGUGAAAGAUUGAAUUCAGGAUAUGAAUGGCGGGAGUGGGGUGGAGUCAUUGUGUAACGGGCAAAAAUGUGCGCUCUGUGGAAGUAGUGGACUAUCUGCAGGAAGGAAGGGAACCUCAACGGAAGUGCUUUGACCCAGUUGCCUAUUCAUUAAAGAGCAGUUCUGUUUUGCUGAAGGCCCUUAUCUGUGUCGUCACACUUCUGUCACUAUGAACAACAAAAGGGCAUGGCCAGCUUCUGGUACAACCAGGCUCUUCACACAAGAAUGGACACCCUGGGCAGUAGAAUGUCCACAAAAUAUCCUGACAAAAUACCCUCCUUGGCAGAAUAGUGACCCUCCCAAGCCCAUCCAUAAAUGGUCUACCACGAAGCCAGAGUAGUCUUCCAGCCUCCAGGAGCCAAAAUUUCCACCCAGAUGCCCAGAAACUGAAGCAGUCAGAACUGGCCUGCAUAAAGGAACUUUAUUCGGGGUCAUUCAGAGAAUUACAAGUAGUUCCCAGCCUCUUGGAUUUAAUGGACUGGUAAAUUUUCAAAAAAGACUUGAGUGACCCAUAUAAAGUUGCCACCCUCAUUUUCUCAAGUAAGAACAUGUGACUGUGGUUUCUGUGAAGCUGUUUUUAAUGGUCAUAGCUGUCAUUUGUUAUCUGCUAUAUGCAAGGCUCCAUACCGGGUACUUUUCCAGAAAUAUCUCAUUUGAUCGUCACCGUGUUCCUGCAAGUGUUUAGGUUCAGGUCAACCAAAGUGAAUCUUUGAACGUAUUCAUUCCUAAAAAAAAAAAAAAAGGCAUUUAGGUGACGGCCCAGAGGGUGGGUGCCAAUUCUCCCAGCAGCUGCAACUGAAAAGCAGGGUUCAGAAAUGUCAGCUAUCCUCCGGGAGCUGCUCUGUGUCUCGGAGAAAGCUGCCAACAUCGCCCGGGCGUGCAGGCAGCAGGAAGCCCUCUUCCAGCUGCUGAUAGAAGAAAAGAAAGAGGGAGAGAAGAACAAGAAGUUUGCAGUUGAUUUCAAGACUCUGGCUGAUGUGCUGGUACAGGAAGUUAUAAAACAGAAUAUGGAGAACAAGUUUCCAGGCUUAGGAAAAAAAAUUUUUGGAGAAGAAUCCAAUGAGUUUACUACUGAUUUGGGGGAAAAGAUUAUCUUGAGACUGUGUCCAACAGAGAAAGAAACAGUAGAGCUUCUUAGCAAAGUCCUUAAUGGUAAUAAGUUGGCUUCUGAAGCAUUAGCCAAGGUGGUUCACCAGGAUGUCACCUUUACUGACCCAACUCUGGAUUCAGUGGAGAUCAACAUUCCACAGGACAUUUUGGGAAUUUGGGUGGAUCCCAUAGAUUCAACUUAUCAGUAUAUAAAAGGUUCUGCUGACGUUAAAUCCAACCAAGGAAUCUUCCCCAGUGGACUUCAGUGUGUCACCAUUUUAAUUGGUGUCUAUGACAUACAGACGGGGGUGCCCCUGAUGGGAGUCAUCAACCAACCUUUUGUAUCACAAGACUUCCAUACCCUCAGGUGGAAAGGACAGUGCUACUGGGGGCUUUCUUACAUGGAGACCAAAAUCCAUUCCCUUCAGCCUUCCAUCUCUAAAAGAAACAGCAGUGACACCCGGAGCCAACUGACCACAAACACCAGCUCUGAGGCGGAAUUCUCCCACCAGUUUUCAGCUGUCAUCAGUACGAGUGAAAAGGAGACCAUCAAAGCUGCACUGUCACGUGUGUGUGGAGAGCGCGUGUUCCCAGCAGCUGGGGCUGGUUACAAGAGCCUCUGUGUUGUCCAAGGCCUUGUUGACAUUUACAUCUUCUCAGAAGACACCACCUUCAAGUGGGACUCUUGUGCUCCUCAUGCCAUACUCAGGGCCAUGGGUGGGGGAAUGGUAGAUUUGAAAGAAUGCUUGGAAAGAAAUCCAGAAACGGGGCCUGACUUACUACAGUUGGUGUACCACGUGGAAAACGCAGGUGCUACUGGAGUGGAUCGGUGGGCCAACAGGGGUGGACUGAUUGCAUACAGAUCAAGGAAGCAGCUGGAGACAUUCCUGAGCCACCUCAUGCAAAACCUGGCAGAUACACAUACAUAGACGGACUUUGUCCUCAUGUUCUUGUAAACCAAACUGUGAAACGAUUUCCUACAUCUCUAUCUUUUGAAGAUAGCUUUGUUCUAUUGAUGGUCGGCAUUCAUCUUCCUCUUUUGAGGAGCAUUUUUCCAUUAUGUGUUCAUAAUGUUAAUUUCAAUAAAGGAAUGACAGUCAUGCAGCAGUUAAAUAGGCAUAUGAAAUUCUUAAUAGUGGAUAUUGUGCUAUAAGUGCUGCUUUUGAAACACUUCAAUAAACUAUUGACGAGAGGAAAAAA